AUUUCGUAGAAUUCCUAAAUGUCUAUUUUGUUGAAUAAAUUUAAGUUUUACAAUCCAACAAAAAUAACAAACGAACAUAACCGUGAUUGAUCGGGAUUAUUGAUUGUUAUUGAUGCACGACGUAAUAAAAUCGAUGUCGAUCGAUGUAUCGAAAAUUAUAAUGUCGAUUAUUUUUUUGUUUGUGAUUUUUGUGUUAUGGCUGUGAUGCCAGAUUCUGCUUGCAGUCGCGCAUGCGCACUGGUUUUAUCGUCAGUAAAGUAUCUAAUGCGAUCAUAAUAAAACUAAUGCCCUUAGUUGCUCCAAAUAAAAAUAAACGCAUCAUUGUCUAUGACUACAGUACUGCCCGUUUAGCUGAUAUUAAUGUAUUGAGUUGGGCACUUGUGUUACCCACAUGUCCGUGGUGUUACCGGCUACUAUAAACAAAGUUCUCGAUUAAAUCUUGCAGUACUUAUAUUUUUCAGUUGUUUUUUGUUUAAUAACAAAAUGUAUACGUGUCUUAAGUUACUUGACCCGGUUGUAAUAUGUCCUUAUAAUAAAAAUCAUCUAAUUUCAAAGUCUCGUCUUCAAAAGCACAUUGUAAAAUGUGAAAAACAAUAUCCAGAGCAUUACAAAAUUCUAUGCCCUUAUAAUGCAACUCAUCGUUUAUUCAAACAUGAAUUGGAAGAACAUAUUAUUACGUGUCCUGCACGUAGUGUAUUACAAUCUGAAAUUUACUCAGAACCAAAAAAACAUGGCUCAAUAAACUUUGUAUUCCAAUCAGAAGUUUCAAGUGUAAUAGAUUGUACAGAAAAUUGGGAUGAAGAAGAUGAGAAUUCAAAAUUCUUAACAGACUAUGAAUCUAUUUCGGAUAAUAAUACAGAAACACCUGAAGAAAACUUGGAUUCAAAUGUAAGAAAGAAUAUUGUUAAAGAAAAGCUAAGAUCUCCUCGAGGCUUUUCAGAAGCUAUGUUAAGAGAAGCAAAUGAAGAUUCAUAUGUUGAAGAUUUGGAGUCGGUAAUCAGUUCAAUGGGAAUUGGAAGAGGCAAAAUUAUUCAGAACGAAAAUCGAUUGAGAUUAAUUGGACAAGGUAGAGGAAGACCAGCAAAUACUGACUAACUAAUUACUACAGUGGUCCUAAUUAAACUACAUGUACAUAUUUCAUGUUUGACAUCAGAGUAAAAUGUUACAUUUGUCAUUUAAAAAAAUACAAACUUUUAUACUUUUUAUAAAGAUAAUAAAAGAGAGACCAAAUAUUGUUUUAAAGAUA